GCUAAAUAAUUUCUUAUUUCCCACAAAAAUGUGGUAAGCUUCUUUUGUGAAGGAAAUGGAGCACAAAUGUGAUGAUGAAAUAUAGUAUAUGUGUGGAUCGGAAGUCAAGCAUGAAUGAACAGAGCUUAUCCAUCAUAUUGCCUCACAAGAUUCUAAAGAAAGGAUAGCACCACACGGGACUGCAACAAUGGUGUACAGAGACCAAGACAAACUUGCAAAACAGGACACGUCAUAAGCAGUUAUAAGACAAGGAAAUCUAUGCAUUAGUGUUAAAAAAGGAAUAUAUGCAAGUUUGUCUUGUUGCCACAGUUCAAAGUACUGUAUAUGUCUGUAUAUAUAGUUGAAUUAACUUUUUUUCUCUGAAAAUUAUUCUGGAGAUUGUUAUCUAGCAAUACUUAGAUUUUUUUUUACAUGAAAGUUUAGAAGUUUUACAUGAAAGUUUAGAAGUUAUUUUGCAAAAAUAACAGUUUGGGCCAGAUACUGCAAUGAAAUUAUAUAUCACUUGGAAAGCAAUUUUUUUUUAAUGAAACUAGUGAUACUUGAAGGCAGAGUGCAGCUCGCAAUGUAUUUCUGAUAAGAAAUAUAGUACAUAAUUCAAAUAAUUGUAAAGAUUGUAAUUGGAUCUUGUUAGAACUAAUUGAUAAGACAAUCUUCAACUUUUAUCCAUCCCAAAUUGUUCAAAUCUUUACAUAUGUGGUGGCUGAUCUGAAUUCUUAGGAAUUUGCAAUCUCAAGAUGAUGUUGACUCCUGUACAAAAUAUUUCAUUCACAACUUUUACACUUACUGGUUUUCAUGAUUUGGGAGAAUGGCGCCCCAUUCUAUCCAUUCCCUAUCUUCUUAUGUUUUUAUUGUCUUCGACUUCAAACCUUACCCUCAUAUAUUUAAUUAUAACUCAGAGGGCUCUUCAUUCUCCUAUGUGUAUACUAAUUGGUCUUAUGGCAGUUGUGGACCUGUUUAUGCCAAUGUUUUGUGUGCCAAAUAUGCUGCUAAGUUUUUUGUUUAACUGGAAAGGAAUUUCACUUGUGGGAUGUUUGGUGCAAAUGUUUUGCAUUUAUUUUGUUGGUACAUUUCAAUCUACUAUUCUGCUUUGGAUGGCUCUGGAUCGUUUUUUUGCUAUAUGUAGACCUCUUUAUUACCACAAAUACAUGAGAAUGCCCAAUUUUCUAAAGUUCAUUAUUUUUCCAGUUAUUAGAAAUCUGUUUUUUAUUACCACAAUGGUUUCCUGGGCUGGAAAAUUGACUUUUUGUGAAACAAAUGAAAUAGAUCACUGUUUUUGUGAACACAUGGCAUUGGUUCAGCUGGCAUGUGGAGAUAUUUCCAUUAACAAUGCAUUGGGACUUUUGGCUGUUUUUCUUACAAUAACUACAGAUUUUAUUUUCAUUACAAUAUCAUAUAUAGUAAUACUUUCUUCUAUCUUGAGAUCUGGUAAGGCCUGCUUAAAGGCUGUUAACACCUGCAUUACUCAUAUAAUUGUCAUGACAGUGAGUCUGACUUUUGCUUUAAUUGCCUUUAUGUCAUACAGAAUAAGAAACAAUUUUUCUCCCUCCAGCCGUGUCUUCCUGAGUACAAUGUACUUGCUUUUCCCAAGCUGUUUUAAUCCAAUUAUUUAUGGAGUAAGAACCAAAGAAAUAAGAGAACAGUUUCUGAAAUUCAUGAAUCAUUUAAAAGUCUUUUCAAAAUAAUUAUAUAAUGUACAGUACUGUGCAAAAGUCUUAGGCACCCUAUUUUUUUUUAAGUACAAACUUUGUUAUCGAUUUUUAUUUUAUGACUUCUACAUUAUCAAGUCAGUACAAACACAUUUUAGAUUACCCAAUAUUCAUUUUGAAGUACAAAAUGAAAUGUUACAGAAAAAUAUUUGUAUGGCAGUAAAGAAAGCAGCAUAUUAAGUGGCAUUUUUAUUUUUAAAAAUAAGACAUUUUUCAGACAAAAAACAUAAUGAAGGCUGCUGGAUUUGGCUGCAAAAAUUAGAAGCAAGUAUGACAGUCAAAGUCUCCAGAAGAACCAUAUCAUGUUCUGCAAGAUGUUCAGUAAAACUUACAGCUCAUUUCCUUAUAAACUGCACUAAUUCACUAAUUCUACCGGAGACUACUUUUUUUUUUUUUUUUUUUUUAAAGCAAAAGUGUCGUAACACCAAAUAUUGCCUUUGUUUCAUUUAUUACUGUUUAUUGCUCUUUAUAGUAUUUUUUUUAAAAUGCACACUGCAUCUUUUAAAACUGCUGCUUAUGCAACAAAUAAGGUCAACUUUUCAUAGUGACUUUUUGCCACUAUUUUGCUAUUCCUGAGUGGGGAAAAAAAUCCAAGUGUAUUCACCGAUCAGAAGGGCUUGGCUUCUGAGAUCGACCAGAAGGACACUGCUUCCUUAACAGGUCCAAUGUUUUAUUAAUUAAUCAGAGACCUUUAUCAUGCAGGAAGGAUGGGUCAAAUUCCCCUGAGGUACUGUGUUUAUGUAUUUCUGUAAAAUUUCAUUGAGCUUUAGACAGCACGCUAUGGUUAUCAUGUUGUUAUCAAAAUGCAUGAAAGAUAGUAUAGGUUCUUUUUUGUGUAUGUACUUUAUUUUUGAUUACUAAAGUAAAUUGUAAAUAAAGUGAAUUGUCUGUAUCUGGUUGCUGGUCAGUCUUUGUUUAGGGUAGUUAGACAUCCAACUUAUAGUUCCAUGGUGAAAAAGUCAUUAUUAAUAUUUGUAUUUGUAUUAUACAAUCUUUGAAUAGCCAUGCUGUCACUUCAACUUCGGAAUCGGCAUCACACUACACUCCCCAAAAUGCAUCGUGGCCUACAAAGAUGGCUUCCAUGGACCACAACUCCCAACCUGCUUUGUGGCCUACAGAAAUGGCCACCAUGGACUACAACACCCAACAGACAUGAACUCUGUCAUGUUCUCAGUCGACAUAUUACUGAUCACACCCACCUGGACUUAAUCAUGGACACUGCAUAAAUACCCACACAAACCAACAGUUCUCUGCAAAAUAUCCACUCUGUGUAUCUUACUUAAUGUUACCAAGCAUUAUAGCCCAUCUGUAUUAUUUUGGUUUUUGAUCUGGUUUUGAUUCUCAUGCCUUGCAUGAUUUACUUGGUUUGUAC